AUGCAAAAGCGUGCUGUGACCAUUGAACGAACAUGGGAAAAAUCGGUAAAAAAAGCACAAUUGAUCGUCGCACAAUCGACUUUAGCCGAAAAAGCAAAUUUGACAGGUGGUUUAGGAUACGAAGUAGGUUCACGUUGUGAAGGUACGUUAGGCAGUAUACCCAGAUUAGGAUUGCCGGAAUUGUGCUUUCAAGAUGGUCCAACGGGUGUACGUGCUUCAGAUUUCGUCACAGUUUUUCCUGCUGGCUUGACAACUGCUGCAACGUUUAAUCGUCGAUUGAUGGAGCAAAGAGGUAAAAGACUGGCGUAUGAAUUUCGAGGCAAGGGCAUCAAUGUACUCUUGGGUCCCGCCACUGGAGGUCCAUUAGGCAGAAGUGUCUUUCAAGGCAGAAAUUGGGAAGGGUUCGGGUUGGAUACAUACCUGAACGGAGAAGCUUCUUAUGCUACCGUCAAGGGUAUUCAAUCACAAGGUGUUAUUGCUACUUCAAAACACUUUAUUGCUUAUGAACAAGAAACUUUCAGAACUCUUUAUGCAGCCAGCAGUAGAUUCCAAUUCAAUCCGAUCAAUAAUACAGAGCAUGCUUAUAGUGCAAAUAUCAAUGGAACACAAGGUUGUCAAAAUGAAAAAGUCUUGACGGAUAUAUUGAAACAUGAACUUAACUUCCAAGGAUUCGUGGUCUCAGACUGGUCAGCCGUAUUUGAUGCUGCUUUGGGAUACAAUGCAGGUACGGAUGUGAUUAUGCCGGGUGGAGCUCACGGAGGUGGAAAGCGUAAUCUUGUCACUGGACAAGCAAUGAUUGAUGCUGUGAAUGCAGGAAGGAUUCCAAUGGAACGUAUUGAUGAUGCAAUUCAACGUUUGUUGACACAGUACUACUAUCAUGGACAAGACCAUGGAUAUCCGAAAACAAACUACAAAGACGGUUGGCAAGGAACUGAAAUUUAUGGUGUAAUCGUGAACGAACAUGUGAACGUACAGACGUUGGAAGCCAAACAAGUUUCCAAACAAGUCAACGAAGAAGCAAUCACACUAAUCUUCAAUAACCGACAAGAGGAUAAUUGUGGACCGCAAAAAUGUGUUGAAGGUAGAAAGGUGAAAGGAACAGGUUUACCACUCAACAAAAAAGCCAGAAUUGCCGUCUUUGGAUCGGAUGCAGGACCAAAUCCGAUGGGAAUCAAUGGCUGUCAACUUUGGCUUGGACCUGGAUCAAACUUUUGUCCGGGCGAUAGCGUAAGCAAUGGCACGAAUGCAAUGGGUUGGGGAUCAGGUGCAGGAUUCUUUCCAUAUCUGAUCGAUCCGUUGGCAGCCUUAACAGAAUCGGUAGAACAGUAUGGAGGCGCAAUAUCGAGCAACCUGAAUGACACCGAUCUUGAUGGUCCGAAUGGCAAAUUGAUCGAACAAACUGCGGCUUGGGCGGAUGCCUCCCUGGUUUUCGUUCAAGCACGAUCAGGUGAAGACUCCGACCGAUUCAGUUUGGAAUUAGAAGCAAACGGAAACGCAUUAAUACAGAAAGUUGCUUCAAUUUCUAAUAAUACGAUCGUGAUCGUUAAUACCGUUGGUGCUAUCUUCAUGGACGACUGGUACAAUAAUCCGAACAUUUCCGCUUUGCUCUUCCCGCAUCUGCCCGGUCAAGAAUCGGGCAAUACGUUAGCGGAAGUGUUGUACGGAAAUGUUGCGCCUUCCGGUAAGAUGCCGUACUCAAUCUUGUCCAAGAAAGAUGCUUCAAACUACAUCCCAAUCGUAAGAGAUAUGCAACCAGAUGGAACGAUUCCCAUCCCAUUCGAUGAAGGCGUCUUUAUUGAUUAUCGAUUGUAUGACAAGAAGAACGUUACUCCUUUGAUCCCAUUUGGACAUGGUAUUUCAUAUACCACCUUCAAUCAUUCCGAUCAACUUUCUGCUCAGCCAAUCAACGAUGGUUCAAGUUAUCCUACCGAAGUAAGACAUAAUACAUCCGUUGGCGGAGAUUCAACAUUAUGGAAAUAUAUUGUUUCGCUUUCUACUUCUAUUACCAACACUGGAUCUUCUGUGUCGGGUAAAGAAGUGAGUCAAUUAUACAUCGGCUUCCCCAAAUCUGACAGUUUACCCGAUAUUCCCGUCCGUCAACUUGUUGGAUUCGAAAAGGUUGGACCUAUUCAACCAGGCGAAACAGUAUCUGUCUCAUUCAAAGUUACACAAAGAGACAUGAGUUAUUGGGAUGUCGUUCAACAAAGAUUCGUCAUGCCAGACGGAGAUUUCACAUUUUGGAGUGGAGCCAGUUCUGAUGUGAAUACCCUCAAAGGUAAAGUCACUGUCACGAUCAAGAAUGGGACAAUGUCAUGAUUAUGUGUGUGUGUGUAGUUGAUGAUUGAAUGAGAGAAUGACGUAAGGAUCGUGGAAUGGUGAACAUUAAGUAAUACAAUCACUGCAUUUAGCCUUCAAACAGCCGUAAAGCGCGCGUAUGUAUCCACUUACCCUAUUCAGUCACACUGUCAAUGUGCCUUGUUUGUGUUGAAUGUCAUGCAGG